UCCUGGGUAGUGGGAAGUGAAGAAUUGGAUGGAUUCUCAUGGCGGCUGCAAAGAGACACUGCCCAUCUCGUUCACUUAGUUUUAGAAUUGAAGGCCAAUCUGGGGGCCCCAGUCGAAAACAACUGAAGCAAGUAGACAGCCUCUUAGAUAUCGCUGCAAAAAUUGUAGCAGAAAAUAUUCCGUUUCAACGUAUAGAACAGCAGUAUGAUCGAAUACCAGAGCCCGUCCAGAGUAAAAUCGUGUUUUGGUCAUUUCCUCGCAAUGAACGGGAUAUUUACAUGUAUUCGUCCUAUGCAAAUUGUGCUAAAGAACAUUCAGAAAACCAGAAGCUUCCAUUUCACCAAGGCGUUCGCCUUCUCGAAAAUGGUGCAGUAGCAAAUGUUCUUCAAAUAGGAUUUCAUCUGAGUGGCUCAGUGACAGAACCAAGCAAUCCUCUUCUGACACAACCUGAGAAAAUUUUUAAAGUCUCUAUUAGUUUUGAUCGGUGCAAGAUCACUUCUGUACAAUGCAGUUGUGGCAACAGAGAUAUUUUUUGGUGUCAGCAUGUGGUGGCGCUUUCACUCUACCGAAUUCGAAAGGCCAAGGCCGUUCAGCUGCGUGUUCCAAUAUCAGAAACACUUUUGCAAAUGUCAAGGGAGCAGCUCCAGAAAUUUGCCCAGUAUCUGAUCACAGAGCACCAUUCAGAUGUCUUACCUACAGCACAGAAGAUAGCCGACCAAAUUUUACAAGCAGAGUCAGAAAUCAAUUUGUUGCCAGGUGCCCCAGAUCCCACAGCUGGUGCUUCAGUAGACGAUGACAACUCCUGGCAUUUAGAUGAGGAUCAAGUGAGAGAGCAAGUCAGAACAUUUCUAUCUCAGGGUGGCUACACAGGUCCCUCUACUCAGCUUCAUUCAAUGUUUGCCAAGGUUCGUGAAAUGCUGAGGGCAAGAGACUCCAAUGGUGCACGUAUGUUAACUUUAAUGACGGAGCAGUUUUUGGCAGAUCCUCAACUGUGUGUCUGGAGAACUCAGGGUCAAGCAUUCACUGAUAAAUGUAGCCAGUUCUGGGAUGAGCUAGGAGCCUUGUGGGUGUCUGUUGUUCUAAAUCCUCAAAGCACAAACAAUGAGAGAUCCCAGUGGCAAUCUUUACUGAAACAGUGGGUCCAGUGUCCAGCUUGUCCUUUAGAAGAUGGUGAACUUGGUUCUGAUUUCAACAGUAGAGGGCGUUUUAGAGGUUCUUCCAGCACAUCCAGUGAGAGUAACCAAAGGACAGUUCUCCAUAAUGCACUAGAAGCCAGUGAGUUGAGAUGGAAUGAUCCGCACCUUCAAAAACUGAUUGCAUCUGACAUGUAUUGGAGUGCUAGUCCAACAUUGAAUGAAAGUUUUGAUAGCCAAGGACUCCCACUCUGGAAAGAAUACAUACCUACUGCAUGUGCAAGAGUUGAUGCACUUCGCUCUCAUGGCUACACAAAAGAGGCUUUAAGAUUGGCUGUUGCUAUAGUUAGAACUAUGAAAGCAGAUGUUGUUGCCAAUAGAGAAUCUUGGGUUCAUGAUAGUACUUCAAAAGUGACCGGAGCCUUGUGUCCCUGCUGUUCACACCCAUGUGGCAGACGCCACCCACCUUACAAUGCAGUCGGCUGGAUCGGGCAUCCUUUAGAUCCUAUGGGAGUGUUGUUUGACACCUUGUGUGAGGCCUGCCUGGUUGCAGAUGAUUUAUCUCAGGAGUUUUUCAGUCGCCAUUUAAACAGUGAGACAACAAAUGAAAGUCGCAGACGGUUCCAGCAUGUGAACAUUCCUGGUGCAGCGGAACAUAACCAGACAUACCUCACCCUGGCCUAUGAAGUUGCUUUAAUAGGAAUAGGCCAGCAGCGCAUCAUGCCAUCUGGUCUUCAUUCACAAGAGAAGGCCUGUAAACAAGAAGAGAGACUCCUGGCAAAACUUAACACCAUUGAACUAGAUUCUACGUUAUUUCAAGUGCUUCAGAGAACCACAAAUUUACUGUUGGAAGGUGGGUCAUGGAGUGGACUUGGUAUAAACAUCCACCCCGAGACUUUUCCCAUGCACAUUUUUGCCCACUUUCUCUUUCUCAAGUUGAUCGGCAGGGAUGAGGAUUUGGCCUAUAGGGUUGGACUGCGAGCAAUGAGGUUACCAAUCUUAGAAAACCGAGAAGAUUUUGACGACAGUGUCAACAAUGCUAACAUGUUGACUAGAUUCCCAAGAUGGUUUAUUUUGUCUCAUGUUGAAUCACAGCAGUGUCUGCUUGCUACAACUUUGCUGGAGGCUGCUAAAAAUGAUGUCCACCGCCUCCAGUCUGUUCUUGAUUGCGCUCAGAGACACAUUCAUAGUUCAUCUCAACUCUUCCGACUGGCUCAGGAUACUUUUAAGAUUGCAACUCCUUCAGAUGGCCCAAAAUACAUUCCAGCAUUGAAAGCUGCUUUUGAACUUGGGUUGCAGGUGAUGAGAAUGACUCUAAUGACACUGAAUUGGAGAAGGCGUGAGAUGGUCAGGUGGAUUGUUACCUGUGCAACAGAAGUGGGUGUUGAUGCUCUACUGUCCAUAAUGCAGUCCUGGUACCUAUACUUUGCACCUGUGGAAGCUUCAAGUACUGUUGCCAUGACGGUGAUGUCCCCUGCCACCAUGAUGCAGCUGAACGCCACAUAUUCCCAGCAAGAAGAGCUUGCCCAGUGUACCAGAACCUUAGCUUUACAGUGUGCUAAAAGAGAUCCACAAAACUGUGCUCUGUGCGCACUCAACCUGUGUGAAAAAGACAGUCGAGCUUUUGAAGCAGCUUAUCAAAUAGUCGUUGGAGCCGCCUCACACAUCAUUAACUCUCGACAGCUGUUUGCCAUCGCCAGAUACAUGGAGCACAGGGGACACCCAUCUCAAGCAUUCCGCCUAGCCCUGCUUGCCAUGAAAGGUUUACACGUGCCAUACAACCACGACUCCCACCCAGCUGUGGCGGACAUUCACUGGGCUUGUGCGCUGGCGCAUUCGUUGGGGCGAGCAGAACUGGCCAGCAUGGUGCCGAUUGUUGUGAAAAAUGUCGAGUGUGCCUCGGUGCUGGCCGACAUCUUGCGCAGUUGCACGAUUGCAUCACCUGGCAUGGGCUGCCUAGAUGGUAAACGCAGGACUUUAAAAUCACUGAGCUACGACAAGGCGCCACUUAAGCAGUUGAUGGACCAAACUAUCCUUGCUUACAUUCACAGCAGUCACUCCAAGCUGUCGCACAUAAGCCCUCGUCACUAUGCCGAUUUCAUAGACUUCCUCAGUAAAGCAAGAGAUACGUUUUUGCUUGCCCACGAUGGCCAUCUGAAGUUUACGCAAUUUAUCGAAAACAUGAAAUUAGUGUAUAAAGGAAAAAGAAAAUUGAUGUUCUUAAUUCAUGAAAGAUUUGGAUUAUAAAUGGAUUAUAAAAAUCUCUGGGGAUCUGUUGAUAUACACACAGAAAGAACGCAAACUCUGUCAGGGACAUGUUUUGUUACCAUGGCGUUCAUCCUGUCCCUUUAUUUCUGUUAAAGACUAUACAAGUAUUUUAUCUACAUCCAGAUGAUAAAGAUUUAUUUCAAGACCAAGGGACAAAAUUUUUUUUUGCUCCUUCAGGGACAUUUUAUAUAUGUAAAGAAAUUUUAUUCAACCAGAGUUCAUCACUUCUUUGGUGCUGUCCCUUUAUUGUCUUUUUCUUUUUCUAUACCCUUUCCUUUACUUCCCUUGUGAAAGAUUCAAACAAUAUGUUACUAGAUGUCGUAAUAUGAAUAUCUCAGGCCCUACCAAUUGUAAUUCUAGAAAAAACGUAUUUGACUGACCAUCAAAUGCUUAUCAAACCAUUGUAUUUUAUAUGACUGAUCAUUGCAAGCGCUUAUCAAAUCAUUGUAUUGUAUUUGACUGACCAUGACAGUCAGAUAGCCUUUACAGGCCAAUGUAUUUACCUGACCAUUAUUCAGGCUUAUUAGACCAUUGUAUUUAUCUGACCAUCACAAAGGCUUUACAGACUAUACACUUGGCCAACAGGGAGACUGACAAUGACCAAUCAAGAGCACUUGUUUACAUUCAGUCCCUUAAGAGCAGUAAAGUACUAAGCACCAGUAAUACCUAAAUGAUGUGGCAGUUUAAAAUGAUCUAUAUUUGUCAUUAUACACUAUUGACAUCUAAGUAUUCUAAGCUAACCAUAUUUGUGAAAUGGUAUUAUUAAAUAUUAUGAAAACCUUAACAAACACAUGAAUUGUUUCACAAAUUUGAUGUUUGUUAGAAUAAUAAAAAAAAAAUUUUUUGUUUCUUAAAAAAUAAGAAUUUAAAAAAUGUGUUUUUAUGGUUCACUCUGACGUAGAUCUCAGACUUAUUUGCUGGGAUCUUUAUUUAUAAAAAUUUGAUUACAUGUCUAGAAUACUACACAUCAAUAAAUGUGAAACAAGUAAAUACAAAGUAACUUAUGUGAUUAUGAAAGCCAUUUAUUUGAAAAACAGUUAAGCUGGUGUUUAGUGCAUUUUUGCUCUUCGGGGACAAAAAAUUUGCUCAUCCAAAAAAUUUUAGCGUGCUGACAUUGUGUAUUAAAUUUAUGCAAAUAAUUCUUCAUGCAACAUUCAAUGUUAACGCUACCUCAAUUUGUUUAUUCCAUUUCCAUCAUCUAUUAAUUCUUUGUUUCAUUUACACUUCUUGUCAUUAACAAUAAUUCAUAUUUUUAAUUACAUUUACAUUGUGUCAUUUUGAAUAACUUAUACAUAGUUAUUAAUACUAGAAGUUACGGGUAGGGACUCAAAGUUCCAGCAAUCUAAGAUCUACUGCUGUAGUUCAGUCAGCAACUAUGUAUUCCACAUGUCCAUUAUUUAUGGGAAUGAUUUAUCUGUAUUUUUUGUUUCCAACUAUGACAUUUCUCCAGCUAAUAAAAUGACGACACCUGCAGCUGACGUAAGACAUUUUUACCAACUUUAUAAACUUGAGGGGAAAAUGUACUCACUUUUAAUGUAUAAAUACAAAUAUUGUGCUCAUGUAGUGCACUUUUAUAUUACUUGCACUCAACACAAGUAUUUGACUUUUUUUUUUCCAAUCUUCCAGUGGUGUUGUAGUGUCCACCUGAGCAUUUUUCUAUUAUAAAAUAUCGGUUUCAUGUGUUAAAAAUAAUUUGAGGCUUGUUUUUCUUUCUUUCCAUUAGAGGCUUGGAACUUUGUUUUUUCCAUGCUUGGUAGAGAUGCUUAUAUUUUUGUUCCGUGUCUAUAAAUUGUCUCAGGCUGUGCCCAAUGCUUUAUUUGACAUCUUGGCUUUGUGACAACCAGAAUAUUUUCUGUACUAAAUGUAUACAAAGUAUUUUGAGGAAAAAAAAACUAUCUUGGCUCUUCUUUUCUAAAAGUUUAAAUUUAUUGUGUCAUAAAGGCUGAGUGAACAAGAUAAUUUAUCAUUGCUGUUAUUCUAUAUAAUUACUAUUAUUUAUUGAAUUUUAUUAUUUAAAAAGUUGUAUUACUGUAUGUAUUAAAGAAAUGUUUGCUUGCAUUUAUUUGUACCAAAAAUUUAAGACCCAGUUGUAUGUAUAAUGAAUAAAUGGAAACACUACUUUCCAAAUAAUGUCAA